CGGCAUCCUGGCGGGGCGACGCCGGGACGCCAGUGGUCCGAGCGCGAGGGCUCAGGGGUGGGAGGGUGUGAGCCGCAGACCGAGAGGGGCCGGGAAGGCAGAGGAGGCCCGGGGGAGGCCGGAGCACUGGGGUCCCCGCCGCUGCCGCCCGGCCGGCUGACUGACGAGCGAGCGAGCGAGCGACCGGCCGGCUUGGCGGCGUCCCGUGGAGCCGCGCCAUGGCCUCGGGUGGAUAUAAUCCAUAUGUAGAAAUAACUGAACAGCCGAGGCAGAGGGGAAUGCGCUUUAGAUACAAAUGUGAAGGGCGUUCAGCAGGCAGCAUUCCAGGGGAGCGCAGCACAGACAACAACCGAACAUACCCGUCUAUUCAGGUUAAGAACUACUAUGGAAAAGGAAAAGUAAGAAUUACAUUAGUAACAAAGAAUGACCCAUAUAAGCCUCAUCCUCAUGAUUUAGUUGGAAAAGACUGCAGAGAUGGGUACUAUGAAGCAGAAUUUGGACCAGAACGCAGACCUUUGUUUUUUCAAAAUUUGGGUAUUCGAUGUGUAAAGAAAAAAGAAGUGAAAGAAGCUAUUAUUUUAAGAAUAAGUGCAGGAAUCAAUCCUUUCAAUGUCCCUGAACAGCAGCUGCUGGACAUUGAAGAUUGUGACCUAAAUGUGGUGAGGCUGUGUUUUCAAGUUUUCCUUCUUGAUGAGCAUGGUAACCUGACUACUGCUCUUCCUCCCGUUGUUUCUAACCCAAUUUAUGACAACCGUGCCCCAAAUACUGCAGAAUUAAGGAUUUGUCGUGUAAACAAGAACUGUGGAAGUGUCAGAGGAGGAGAUGAAAUAUUUCUACUUUGUGACAAAGUUCAGAAAGAUGAUAUAGAAGUUCGUUUUGUGUUGAAUGACUGGGAAGCCAAAGGUAUUUUUUCACAAGCUGAUGUACACCGCCAAGUAGCCAUUGUUUUCAAGACUCCUCCAUAUUGCAGAACUAUAUUGGAGCCUGUGACAGUGAAAAUGCAGCUGCGGAGACCUUCUGACCAGGAAGUUAGUGAACCUAUGGAUUUUAGAUACCUGCCAGAUGAAAAAGAUGCAUAUGGCAAUAAGUCAAAGAAACAAAAGACAACUCUGCUUUUUCAUAAAUUGCUGCAAGAUUGUGCAGCUAGCUUUCCUGAGAGACCAAGAACUGUCCCAGGGGGGUCGAUUGGAGAAGGAAGAUUCAUCAAAAAAGAAUCAAACUUGUUUUCUCAUGGUACAGUUUUAGCAGAAAUGCCCAGGUCUUCAGGAGUUCCAAGUCAAGCCGAACCCUACUAUUCUUCGUCUGCUUCCAUCUCAAGUGGAUUGCCACAUCACCCACCAGCCGUACCCUCAGUGGUCCAUCAGCCUACCAGCUGGACAUCAGUGACCCACCCCACCUCACAGCCAGUCAGUACAAACACUCUGAGUAGUUUCUCAGCGGGGACACUUUCCUCUAAUUCGCAAGGUAUCCUUCCAUUCCUAGACGGGCCCAGUGCGAGCGAUUUAAGUGCUUCUAAUGCUUGCCUCUAUGGUACUGAUGACCUAGCUAGAAUGGAAACAUCAUCCAUGUCACCAGCUGACUUAUAUAGUAUUUCUGAUGUCAACAUGCUAUCUAAUCGCCCUGUGAAUGUGAUGACAACCAGCAGUGAUAGCAUGGGGGACACUGAUAAUCCAAGACUUGUGAGCAUCAAUCUUGAAAACCCCUCAUGUAAUUCAAGGUUAGACCCACAAGAGCUGAGACAACUACAUCAGAUGUCUUCUAUGGGUAUAUCAGCAGGCACCAGUGCCAAUUCUGCUUUUGUUUCCCAGCCAGAUGCAUUUGAUAGAUCAAACUUCAAUUGUGUAGACAAUGGCCUGAUAAAUGAGCCUGAACCAUCAAAUGAAGCAAGUAAUCAUAAUUUUGUUCAGAGUAGUCAGUAUUCAAGUAUCGAUACUCUGCAAAGUGACCAGUUGAGUGAUGCCUUUGCUUAUAGUUUUUUUAAAAUAUAACUUGCAGGACAUAAAUCUAGAGAGCUAUAAAACUUUAGGUGUAUAGAGUAUAAAGAGAAAGUUCAGAAGGAGGAACUUUACAAGGCUCUGCUGUUUCUUACUUUGAAAGAUAGACCUAAAGUACAUGUGCUCGAUGUGAACUGUUUUCCGUAUUUCUCUAAGACAAGCUAUGUGUCUUUCAUAACGUAUUAAUGUAUUAGUUAAAUGAACUGAUAUUUGCUUUCAAGCAGAUAUAAGGUAAAACAUGUAAUGGCUAUGCCAUUGGGAAAUAAAUUCAUUAUUGUUAAGGCCCAUAGGCCAAAGUGACCCCUAAGGGGUUUUCUGAGAUUUCUUGGUAUUUUGAGAGAGAGAUAGAGAGAGAGAGAGAGAGAGAGAGUGUGUGUGUGUGUGUGUGUGUGUGUGUGUCACACGUGCUGAAGUGAGCUUUCAACACAUGGAAGAUUUUUUUUUCUAUUCUAUAUUAUUUAGACCCUUAUCUUUAAACUUAUGAAAUUAGCUUUAUGCCCAUAUUUUCAAGAAAAAGAGUUUUUCUUGAGUGAGCCUUUUCUUCAUUAGAUGCCUUUGAUCCACCUUUGAUCUCAUAAAGCAUGUCUACUUCUCUAUGAAGAAUUAACCAGAUAGUCUGGCUCAUGUCUGUCAUCUCCCUACUCGAGACUGCAAGUUCAAUACUUGCCUGAGCUAUAUAGUAAUAAGUUCAGUACCAGCUUGGGCUGAACAUUUUGUCUCAAAAAUAGAAAAGAUUAAGGCUGUGACCUAGUGGUAGGGCUUGCUUAACAUUUGCAAGAUGCUGUGUUCAACCCCUGUGGAAAAAAAAGAAAACAUAACAUUUGUUUUAGCCUAGUAUAUUCAUACCUAAGUUUUGAACUUUUCUCUCAGACUUGUUGUCCUUCAGUCUUCGCCAGGCUUCCAGCUGCUAAGGCAAUGUAAAUUGUCAUGCCAGGCUUCCAGCUAAGGCAAAAACCUUGAUGCCACCCUUGAUUCUUCUUUUGUCUCCCAUAUUUGUCCAAUCAGCAAAUCCAGAAGGCCAUUCCCUCGAUAUAUUUGCAAAGCUGACCACCUCUUUUGAACUUUUGUUUGAGACUAGGUGGCCUCAAACCUGCUAUGUAGCCAAAGGUGACCUUGACCUGAGGCUCCUCCUGCUCUGCCUCUGGAAUGCUGGGAUGACCAGUGUAUACCCCACACCACAGUCAUGUGGUGCUGGGGAUCAUAGACAGAGCUUUGCUGGGAGAGGCAUACAUGCCCAGCUCAGACUAAUCACAGGCAUUUUGUAUGAGCAGGCACUAACAGACACAGCUAUUAGAACGCUCAGCAGAUGGUGCUUACACAUUGACUCGUCUCACAGUUUCUCCUCUAAGUUGAAGUAAGGUACUUCUGCAUCUGUGUGUAGAGUGUUUGCAGUUGAUGUUUUACUUCCGGGUGCUACUGGCUGAUCACAGCUCAUCUUAUAACUUACAGCGCAUUUGCUACAUGAUUCCCUGGUUGCAUUUGUGUUCGCCUGGCUUUGAAGGGAUCCAAAUUCCACUUUCCACUACAUCUUUCCUCCUUUCCCCAGUAUCCUCACAUCACCAUUUAGUUUUUGCUUCCUUUGUAUAAACAGAAUAAAUAUCUUCUUGAGCUUUAAAGGAAGUGCUGAAAAAUAUCCCCCAAAGUUCCAAAAACCCUAUUCACAUGGUGCCCCUUCCUUCCACGUUUAACUUUGAAGUGCUGUGCCUCCAUCUUCUCAUCUAUCUGUCUUUAGUUCACCCCAUUCCUUGUCAAAUCCCAAGUCUUUUUUUCCCUACUCAUCUGCCCUGUCCACAGCCUGCAGCCUGCUGAGGGACUGCAUCCCCUGGGUUCCUAAGCCCAGCCCUCAGGAGGUACUCUCAUCAGACCACUGCGGCAGCUUUCUCUCAUGCUGUGUGAAUGCUCAUAUCAACUGCCUUCUCUUACACUCUGCUUUUCCAGUUGCAUUACUGCUGACACUAGAUAUAUUUAACAGAAAGCUCAGUCAUAUUUGAUUUUCCUCAAUUCAUACAUAGUCCUUUUGAGUCUUCCUACUCAAAGGCUCUUGCAUCUCUUCAUUCUUUUUCUCCAAUAAAUAUCUUUUCCAUAUGCUCAACAUUUUUUUUAGGCACCCUGUUCCUUUUAACUUUGUGGUUGGAAGAUGUUGAAUUUUUCCCGCGGAUCUCCGUCUAUGUGGCCCAUUCUGCCUCUGCUCCUAACACUUACCUUUCAGCAGCAGCUUCUCUGCAGGGAGGGUCUGGUCCUGCUGCUGCAGCCGAGGUGAGGUGUAGCUGUGUGCUAUGCUCCCAUGUUACAGACUUAAGUCGGUUAAGUGUGCGUCUCACUCGGGACUCCGGCACUUGACACAGACUCUGGCAUCAUUGGUGCUGAAUAAAUGGUAGCUAUUUGUUAGACAUGGGAGGGUGACUAUAAAAAUCGUAUUUGAGGAUACGGUUUUUAAUGAGAAAAGUGCUUCACCCUUCAGGAAAAAUAGGCCUAGAUGACCUGUCUUGUGAGACAUACUUUUCUUCUGGCAGACGGCCUUUCUCUUAAAAAAAAAAAAAAAAAAAAAAAAAGAAAUAUGCAGACACUGGCACAUAACUUUGUGGUAGACCACGGCCCUGUGUUUGAUACCCAGAAUUACGACAACAACAUUAUAAAAGAAGAGCAUAAAAACUACCCUGAGGCCCUUUGAGACCCAAAGCAGCUCUCUUGGAAAUCGUAGUACCAACAGUAUCAGGUGGAAAUCCUGCCUCUGCAUGUGGCAUGUCGUAUCUCAAGUGCCCCUGAAGUACCCCGUGACAGUUUGCCCGCACAGAUGUCAGUAGCCAGCGUUCAUGCCGUAAAUUAUAUGACAUCCUUGUGACUGUGUAUUGUACAGUGUACUAUGUUCUGUGUAGAAAAUAAGCGAAUGAUGUUGCACUCUUGUCCUUAAAGAUGGUUUUUUUCUUAAGAGGAAUCAUACAUACAGUCAACCAUAGAAGCAUGGAAAAACUUUGAGGUACAAUGUGAAGAAGUUUUGCUUGUGUGAAAACUGUGUAGCCACCGUGUUUGGGACCCCAGAGGUUCUUAUCAGCACCUCUAAACUUCUGUUCUGACCCCUGUCAUCAGAGCCUGAUGACUUCCUGUCCUAACAGCCUUUUCCUUUGCUAAUUAAUUCACCAUUAAAAGAAUCUUAGUGUAGAGUAACUGGGUUGUCAGUUUGUCAUGCUGUGCUCUGGCUUGUUUCCACAGCCUCAGAAAAACUACAUUUUCCAUGGUGAGACCUAGAACUGGCAAUCCAGGAUAAUUGUACCAUAUUGUUUUAAUCAUAAAUUAAUAUAUUGAAAAAUUACCAUAAGCUCUCAGACAGUGUGAAAAAAAUAUAAAGAAGAGAGACUGGUUUUAGUCAGUUAGCCUCGAUAGGUCUGCUGGUUCUGGCCUGGAAUCUCAGAUACUCCGGCACACAGAUCACAAGUUCAAGGCCUGCCCUGUCUGCAGAGUGAGUUCAAGGGAACAGCUUUGUGAGUUCUUAUCUCAAAACAUAAAGUGAAAAUGGGGUGGCGGUGGGGAUUGUUCUUUGGUAUAGUUCAGUGGUGGAGCACCUAGCAUGCACAGCCCAAGAUUCAGUGCCCACCCCCAGAAAAACAAAAACCUGGCCGUCAUGCUUCCCAGGGUGUGCUUUGUACUAAGUGAUGUCUGAAAAGAAACACUUUAAAUUGCAAUAUGUAAGUCAAAGAUAACAAACCAAUAGCUGUGUUCCUCAUGUAGUCCUGAUUGGUCUACUAUCCAAACAUUCUCAUCACCCAGGAGAGAAAAGUCACAGGGGAGGAAACGCUUUGUGAGACUAUGACACAGGUUUCUCUUUAGACUAAUGUCUAAGUUGACAGCUGUGGAGAAGCUUUUGGAGGCCUUACUCUUUCAGAGUAUGCUUUCUUAUCAAGGGAAAUAUUGGUUAUUGGCUCUACUUUGAAAAUGUGUGACUGGAUUUCUCUGUAAAAAUUGGGUUUUUCAUUGGGAGUACUUUGACAUAUGUGAAGGUGCUUCUGCAAGAUUUCAGGUUUGUUUUCAGAGGCUGAGUAUGCAGAGGCUAGACUGCUUCUGUGUCCUAUGUGCAAAGCCCACGCGACUCCUGCAAGCCCAGCGGUGGGCCAGGAGGGAUGAAGGCGUCGGGUUUAUCCAGUGUCUUUCUUCCCUUUAAGACAUAGCCACACGAAUAUAUAGAUUUCGAGACAGGGUUUCUCUGGACUCACUUUGUAGACCAGGCUGGCCUCGAACUCACAGAGAUCUGUCUCUGCCUCCGCCUCCCAGAGUGCUGGGAUUUCAGGUAUGUGCUACUGCACCUGGCUCACAUUAAUAUUUUAACUGAACAUCCUGGCAGAAUUUAAAGCAUGAGGUCAAUAGUAGAUAAGAUCAAGUCUCAAAAGUAAUCACAUUUUUUUUUUCAUGUAUGCAAAAAGACCAAAAACCCACUUGCAUCCUCAUUGUUUUUUGUCUUGCUUUGGGUUUUUUUUUUGUUUUGUUUUGUUUUGUUUGGGGGGGGGGGAGGUUGUUUUUCCCAAACACAGGUUUCUCUGUGUAGCCUGUUGUCCUGGAACUCACCCUCUAGACCAGGCUGGCCUCUAACUCAGAGGCCUCUGCGUCCCCAGUCUGAGGCAGUGGUCUGUACUCUGCAUUGUGCCCCACCCUCUUUUUUACUAUAAAGACGUAACUUUUUAACAAGCAACUGCACUUUUCCGAGCAUGGCUCUGAGGCGGUUGCCGCUUGUUUAAUCAGCUUGUUUCUACAGCUGCAGAGGGUCUUUUGGUUUGCUUGGUUUUUGUUUUGCUUUGAGGCAGGGUACCCUGUUGUAGCCCCGACUGGCCUACAACUCACACAAGUCUGCCUGUUUCUGCCUCCUAACAACUUCAGGAGUUUUCGUUCUUUAUAUUUUUCAAGUUUUUGGAACUUUAAAGAAUCACAAACAAGCCAGGUAGUGGUGCCUUUAAUCCCAGCACUCAGGUAAUCCCAUCGCUUGAGGAGCAGAGACAGUCAAUGAGUUCUGUGAGUCUGAGGCCAGUCUGAUCCACAGAGCAAGUUCCAGGAUAGCCAGGACUACAUGGAACAACAUUAUAAAACAAAAAAACAAAACCCUCACAAACAAAAUUCAUUGAAUACUUUGAAUUCAAUUACAAAGUUGGUUCCUCAACAAAUUGACGUUUUAGGGCUAUUAGCAGAUUGCCGGAGCCUGCCAGCAGAGUUGAAUGGUUCUUGAGUUGGGAGUGAGGAUUAAAAUUAAUAAACUAAACACACAACACACAUGGGACUUUUCCAAGAGGCUCCAAACCUGACCAGCCAGCAGCCGCCUGACUUUAUUACAGAGAACUUUUAAGCCAGAGUAAAAACAGCUCAGAACAAUGGGUUAAAUUUACAAGGAGGUGAAGCUAGAGUGUGAUCUUCACAAGCUAUCCCACCUGCUGUCACAAACAAAAGGAGAUGGACUUGCGAAUUCUUCCCUGACUUCAGUGAAGGCCUGGUAAAAGCAGUCGUUCCACUGAGAUUUAACUAUCAAAGCAGCUGGCAGAUCAACAGCUCCCAACAGCAGAUCUGUAAAUUUUUUGUUAAAAUACCAAAUUCAUCUUGUCUAAUUUUCUUUCUAAGCUUCAUUAACCAAAGUGUAACUUCCCAUGAACUGUGGAGUAAGAUAGGGCUGGAGGCCUGUGGGAUAAUUGCAUGACAUCCAGUCUUCACUAGACCUCAUAGUGAACCAGCCGUAGUGACACAUGCCUGCGGCUUCCAACACUUAGAAGGCUGAGGCUGGAGGGAGGAAUUCAGGUUCAGCCUGGGCAACACUGGGGGCCUCCGUCAGCCAUCAGUCAGAUAAUUUUAAAAUGCCAUUGGUUAAUAGAGCCCAACAAAACAAGUGACAUCUUUUGUUGUUGUUUUUACCUUAAAUUUAAUAUCUACUGCCUCUCCCUUCUGAGUACUGGGAUUGUAGGCAUAUGUCACCACACUCUACAUUUUGGAGAGAAGAGGAAGGGGGCAUCACACUGGAAUUGAACCCAGAGUCUCUCUCAUACAUGUUAGAGUUAGUGCUCUACCACUGAGCUUUCUGCUUUGAAACUGAUUUUAUAUGAUUGAUGAUAAAUAAUGAAUUGUUUUUUAAAGUUCUGAUACUGUUACCUUUAUAUCAAGAUGAAAUAUUUUUUUAAUGUAAAGAUGUAUUUUAUUGUACAGAAUAUUGUGUUACUUUUGCAAUAUCUUUGUAUACUGUGAUUUUUUUUUUCUUGGUGAUAUAACAAAUAAACCAUUUUCUAAAACUUUGCUAUUUGCUAACAAAGUAUCAAUGAAGUUUCCUUAUUGUUUUUAACUUUUUUGUAAUAAGGGGUAGCUAUUUGGGGUUGUUUAGAGACAUUAGAUAUCUUUAUAAAGUGUUCUCAGGAGGUGCUUCUGUCUGUUAACUACUCUUUGAAAUGGUAGUCUCAAGAAGAGACUUAAGAAAUGGCUUUUGUUGUUGCUUUUUCAUGACAGGGUCUUACUUUGUAGCUCAAGCUGUCCUGGAACUAUGCUAGCUGUCUUCUUCUCCUCUUCCUCCUCCUCCUCCCCUUCUUCCUUCUCUCCCCUCUCCCCCCUCCUUCUCUCCUCCUCCUCCUCCUC